GCCCCACCAUGAACUUCGAGGGUCUCACCCCCUCCCUGGCCGAGUUCGGUGCCCCCCUGCACGCGGCGCUGGAGCCGGUGCUGGACCCCCACCUGGCGCCGGGGCUGGUGGAGCUGGACCCCGAGGGGGUGGGCCUGGAGGGGCUGCCGGUGCCCGACGCCGUGCCCCUCUUGGAGGGCAUCUACAGCGAGCUGCACACGGCCGUCUCCGAGGUCGGCGUGCCCGCCGCCGUGGCACACUUCGACCUGCACGAGGAGAUGCUGUGGGUCGGCAACCACGGGGGCCACGCCACCUCCUUCUUCGGGCCCACGCUGGAGCGCUACUCCUCCUUCCAGGUGAACAGCAGCGACGACAUCCGCCAGAUCCAGAGCCUGGAGAACGGCGUCCUCUUCCUCACCAAAACCAACCUCAAGUACCUGUCCCGGGGCGGCCUCAUCAUUUUCGACUACCUCAUGGAUGAGUCCGAGGACAUGCACAGCCUCCUGCUGACAGACAACAACACCCUGCUGGUGGCCGGGCUGCAGAACCACGUCCUGGAGGUGGACCUCAACACCGUGCAGGAGACGCAGAAGUACACCGUGGAGGUGCCCGGCAUCACCAUCAUGAGGCAAUCCAACCGCUUCUUCUUCUGCGGCCACACCUCGGGCAAGGUGUCCCUGCGUGACCUGCGCACCUUCGUGGUGGAGCACGAGUUUGACGCCCACUCCGGCAGCCUGUCGGACUUUGACGUGCACGGCAACCUGCUGGUGACCUGUGGCUUCUCCAGCCGCAUGAAUGGCCUGGCCUGUGACCGCUUCCUCAAGGUCUACGACCUGAGGAUGAUGAGGGCCACCACGCCCCUGCAGGUCCACAUCGACCCCUUCUUCCUCCGCUUCAUCCCCACCUACACGUCGCGCCUGGCCAUCAUCUCCCAGACAGGCCAGUGCCAGUUCUGCGAGCCCACCGGGCUGGCCAACCCCGCCGACAUCUUCCACGUCAACACCGUGGGGCCGCUCAUCAUGACCUUCGACGUGUCGGCCAGCAAGCAGGCGCUGGCCUUCGGCGACUCCGAGGGCUGCGUCCACCUCUGGGCCGACUCCCCCGAGGUCACCUUCAACGCCUACUCCCGCGAGACCGAUUUUGCCCUGCCCUGCAUGGUGGACACGCUGCCGCAGCUGGAUUGGAACCAGGACCUGGUGCCUCUGUCGCUGAUCCCGGUGCCGCUGACCAGCGACGCGCUGCUCUCCGACUGGCCGGCCGCCAACUCCGCGCCGGCGCCGCGGCGAGCCCCCCCGGUGGAUCCCGAGAUCCUGCGCACCAUGAAGAAGGUGGGGUUCAUCGGCUACGCCCCAAACCCCAGGACCAAGCUCCGUAACCAGAUUCCUUAUAGGUUAAAGGAGAUGGACAACGAGUUUGACAACUUCAGCCAAGUCCCCGAGUCCCCCAUCGGGCGUGAGGAGGAGCCACAUCUCUACAGGGUGGCCAAGAAGUACAGGAAGGUCACCAUCAAAUACUCCAAGCUGGGGCUGGAGGAUUUUGACUUCAAGCAUUACAACAAGACGCUGUUUGCGGGGCUGGAGCCCCACAUUCCCAACGCUUACUGCAACUGCAUGAUCCAGGUGCUCUAUUUCCUGGAGCCAGUUCGCUGCCUGGUCCAGAACCACCUGUGCCAGAAGGAAUUCUGCCUGGGCUGCGAGCUGGGCUUGCUCUUCCACAUGCUGGACCUGUCCCGAGGAGACCCCUGCCAGGGAAGCAAUUUUCUGCGGGCUUUCCGCACCAUCCCGGAGGCGUCGGCGCUGGGCUUGAUCCUGGCAGACUCAGAUGAAGCCACGGGGAAGGUGAACCUGGGGAGGCUGAUUCAGAGCUGGAACCGUUUCAUCCUGACUCAGCUGCACCAGGAGACCCAGGAGCAGGAGGGACCCCAAGCCUACCGGGGGGCUGGCAGCAGCAGCUUUGGCUCCUCAGGGGACUCUGUGAUCGGGCAGCUCUUCAGCUGUGAGAUGGAGAACUGCAGCAUGUGCCGCUGUGGGAAGGAGACUGUCCGUGUGUCCUCCACGCUGCUCUUCACCCUCUCCUACCCCGACAGCACCGAAAAACCAGCCAAGGAUUACGAGUUCGCCCAAAUUUUAAAGCGUAGCAUCUGCUUGGAGCAGAACACCCAGGCCUGGUGUGAGAACUGUGAGAAGUACCAGCCCACGGUGCAGACCAGGAACAUCCGCUGCCUGCCAGACGUGCUGGUCAUUAACUGUGAGGUGAACAGCUCCAAGGAGGCAGAUUUCUGGAAGACACAGGCUGAGUAUUCCUUUCAGAAAGCCAUGAUGAAGAGAGGAGGCUUUGACAUCACCAAGGGAAAGGAGAUCUCUCUUAGAGACUGGAAGGAUCUGGGGAACCCCGACACGGGGCAUUCGUAUCCUUCCGUGGAGGAACUGAAGAACAUUUGGAUCCCUCACGCCAUCAAGAUGAGGUUGACCAAGAGCAAAGAGCUCGACGUGAGCAACUGGAGCGAGAGCGACGAGCUGAGCCCAACAGACGACCCCGAGUCCGUGUACAUCUACGACCUCAUGGCCACCGUUGUCCACAUCCUGGAUCCCCGCACGGGGGGCAGCCUGGUGGGGCACAUCAAGGUGGGAGAGACCUACCACCAGCGGAAGGAGGGAGUCACCCACCAGCAGUGGUACCUCUUCAACGACUUCCUCAUCGAGCCCGUGGACAAGUGCGAGGCCGUGCAGUUUGACAUGAGCUGGAAGGUGCCAGCCAUCCUCUACUACGCCCGGAGGAACCUCAACGCCAAGUACAACCUCGUCAUCAAGAACCCCAUCGAGGCCAACGUGCUGCUGGCCGAGGCCUCGCUGGCCCGCAAGCAGCGCAAGUGCCACGCCACCUUCAUCCCCCUCAUGCUCAACGAGAUGCCCCAGGCUGGAGACCUGGUGGGGCUGGACGCCGAGUUCGUCACGCUGAACGAGGAGGAGGCUGAGCUGCGCAGUGAUGGCACCAAGUCCACCAUCAAGCCCAGCCAGAUGUCGGUGGCCCGGAUCACCUGCGUGCGUGGGCAGGGCCCCAACGAGGGCGUGCCCUUCAUCGAUGACUACAUCUCCACCCAGGAGCAGGUGACUUCACCUGGGCUUCUGUGUGUUCUCCAUGGUGACCUCAUCUGGGUUCCUGAGUGUUUUCCAUGGUGACCUCACCUGGGCUUCUGAGUGUUCUCCUUGGUUACCUCACCUGGACACUUGGGUGCUCCCCAUGAACUCCUCUGUCCUCCACGGUGACCAUAUCUGGACACCUCUGUGCUCCCCGUGGGCAGCUGGGUGCACCCUAUGGACACCUGGCUGCUCUCCAGGGACUCCUUUGUCCCCUUUGGUGACCUUACCUGGACUCCUGUGUUCUCUAUGGUGACCUCACUUGGACACCCACCCACCUGGGUGCUGACCAUGGACACCUGGGUGCUCUCCAGGGACACCUGGGUGCUCUCCAUGGACACUUGGGUGCUCUCCAGGGACACCUGGGUGUUCUCCAUGGAUAUCUGGGUGUUCUCCUGGACACCUGUGUGCUCUCCAUGGACACUUGGGUGCUCUCCAGGGAUAUCUGGGUGUUCUCCAUGGAC